AUGAAAUCUUACAAUCGGAAGCAUCGUCCAGUAAAAAAAGAUUCGACAACGAUGCAAAUUCAAAUUUACCUUUUGAUUGGACAUAUUGAAAAAGUGGAUGAGCAUGAACAAACAAUGUUACUUCAUGGAUUAUUAUGGACAUCAUGGACUGAUGAAUACUUAAAAUGGGAUCCUAGCAAGUAUAACAAUACGAGACGAAUUGCAAUUGAGAGUUGGAAAAUUUGGCAACCUGCUCUUUCGCUUUACAAUAGUGCACGGGGAAACAGUUGGUAUUUACAUAUGGGUGGCUUACCAGCAUCUGUAAAUAAUGAUGGUAAAGUUUGGGCAUCUGGAUCCUUCAGCUUUCAUGUAACAUGCUUAUUUGAUUUUACUAAUUAUCCAUAUGAUGAACAGGAGUGUCCUAUUGUGAUCGCUGAUUGGGUAUAUGAUCUUUCUAAGGUCAAUUUAUCAGAUCCAUCUGGAAAUGGGAGUUUGAACAAACCGGCAAUCAAACUUAGUUAUGAUCCGCUUGAUAAUACAAAAGUAAAACGUCAAGUUGCAGGUUGCUGGGAAGUGAAAGAUACGUGGCGUCGUCAGUGUUAUUGGGGACCAACAGGUUGUAAGGAUGAGCCACCAGAUAGCCAGCCAGAAUGGUUCUGGUCACUUGUCGAAUUCGGUGUUCGAAUUAAACGCAACGUACCAUAUUUUGGUCUAACAGUUAUCUUACCUACAAUGAUUACUUGUUUUUUGACACUAAUCGUCUUUUGGAUUGAUACGCUGUCAUUGGCGAUCGCUACAUUAGUAAUGAAUAUACUCUUACAAGGAUUGUAUAGUUGGGAAUUCAUAAAGAAAUUACCUCCUGGCAGCGGUGGUGUACCAAAAAUAGUGUCAUUUUAUGGUAUGAAUCUAUCGUUGACAGGAAUAACAUUCAUUCUACAUGUUAUUAUAAUUUAUUUGAUUCAUAUUCUACCGGCAAAUUUGGAACUACCAUUUCAGUUAACUGAUAUAACAGAACGAUUGAAGCAAAUGAGACCAUUCAAAGUUAAGGGAUUCUCAUUCGAUCCUCAAAAAUAA